CACCAGUCUCGGCCAUAUCUGCUGUGACAACUACCUAUGCAUAAACUCCCGAAUACAUAUUAGCUCCCGUCGCGACAAUGCCGAAGCGAAAACGCGACAAUGAUGAUGCUGAAGUACCCGACAAAGAGCGACAGUACCUCGGGUUGAAGGUGUCUGGGCUGAGGGCCAGAGUCACUCGAAGCGUCAAGACCCUCCAAGAUGCUCUAAAGCUUGCUCGAGGCUUCGAGAGGCAGAAACUGGGUCGCCGUCAGAAGAAUGCAAAUGAUAAUCCUCAAACAUUACUUCGGCUGCGAGAAGAAGUCAUCGUCCUAAAACAGUUGCAGCUUGAACAAACGGCGAAGAAUCAACUUCUGAAGCACUUGGUCAGAACAAAACGUAUCAAGGAGCAUCCUGUGUUUAUCAAGGCCUACGGGUCGGAUCCCGAGUUGGAACACGUUAAAUCAAGCGCCGAGGCAAAUGUGAUCGGAAGAUUGUUCAAUUCGAACCCUGUCAAACAGGUACUCCCCGAGAUCAUAAAAACGAUCUAUGCCGUACUUGAGAUCCCUCAGGCUGCUCAAUCUGCCUCGAAAGGGACAAAAGAGACAACCGCGAAAGUGACCAACUCAAGGGCGAGCUCGGGAGAGCAGGAUGAAUUCAAUGGCUUUCUCACAGAUGCCUCUGAAGACCUGGACAGCAGCGGACACGAACAGUCACCAAUACUAGAACUCGAGGACGACCGCAUUCUCGAACUCGCGAAAGGUCGCCUAGCGUCUUCCGAAGUCGAAUCUGGGAUAGAGUCUGAUGAAGAGGCCACGAAGCACGGGUUACUCCUCCGGAAAAAAGGUGCCAAAAAGCUGGUUGACCCUGGACGAGAUGUUAGAGAUGAGGACCUCUCGAUAUCAUCAUCUCCCAGCGAAAUGUCAGAGCCCGAAGGCGGGAAAUCUCGAAUGCCACACUCGAAUGAGGCAACGCAUAAAGCUGCAUUUCUACCAUCUCUUAGCAUGGCGGGCUACUAUUCCGGAUCAGAAUCUGAGGACGACGCGAAUGGCUAUCGAGGCCCGGCUUUGCCCAAGCCCCGAAAAAAUCGACGUGGGCAACGUGCCCGACAACAAAUAGCGGAGCUUAAGUUCGGAAAGAAUGCCAAACACCUGGAGAAGCAAAAGGGUCAGGAUGGAAGGAAUACAGGAUGGGAUCCCAAAAGGGGUGCGGUGGAUCGUCCCAACCACUCUAGAGGCCGGUUCCACGAGAGGAAGCUCAAUCAGAAGCCGAUAGGAGUCCAUGCGGAUGCCCGCUCCGGUCACCCACCAAAGCCCAAGCCAAAUUCGCGCGAUGAUCAGGGCUCGCUCCAUCCGUCUUGGGAAGCCGCGAAGAGACGAAAGAUGCAGGAUCAAGGCCAGGCCAGCUUCCAGGGCAAACGAAUAACCUUUGACUGAUGGAUGGUAAUGCUUGAUGGGUGAGGGUUGCUUAUACUGUCAACCCUUUCUCAUUAUUGCCACUGGACCGAAGAACCAGAAACAUUGUACGAUAGCGUCAUUGGAAGUGAACGUUUUCUGUCAGUGCCAAGUCCAUCGCCUUGAUCGCGCAAGAGAGUCUUCGAAGAAGAAAUCCCACAAGCUAAUGCAUGGCAUACUGAGAGGGUUGUGGGCAACCGCCGUUGUGCGACGUGCGAGCACAGCAGCAGAUCCUUCCUUGUAGUCCUAAAAGGCAGCUUUCUUCUCUUUCUGGUGGACAGGACAGCAGACCUAAUCACAUCCCGAAAGCCAUGCUGUGACAGUUUUUCAGCCACUAUCUGUCGAUCUGGUCAAAAGGGCUCCAGACCUUUUGCAAAAGCGGUGUAGGUUUCCGCCAAAGUCCCUGGCUCAGCCUCGUGGAUCGAUACAGGCAACAAGAAACUCAUGUGG